GUUAUUCUUGGUACUAUUGCAUGUAAUGUAGGUUUAGCAGUUCUAGAACCCUCAAUGAUUGGUGAACCCGCAAAUCCCUUUGCAACCCCGUUAGAAAUAUUACCUGAAUGGUAUUUCUUUCCUGUAUUUCAAAUACUUCGUACAGUGCCUAAUAAAAUAUUAGGUGUUCUUUUAAUGCUUUCAGUACCUACGGGAUUAUUAACAGUACCUUUUUUAGAGAAUGUUAAUAAAUUCCAAAACCCAUUUCGUCGUCCAGUAGCAACCACUGUGUUUUUUAUUGGUACCGGAGUUACCUUUUGGUUGGGCAUUGGUGCAACAUUACCUAUUGAAAAAUCCCUCACUUUAGGUCUUUUUUAAAUUUGUUUUGUGGAGUUUUGAUUCAAUUUAAAAAAAAACCAAAGCUUGUGUAUCUAGGGAAGCGUUUCUUGAAAGUUCUUCCUAGAUACACGUCAAUUCAUAUUCAUGAAUGUUUCAAUUUAUUUUUUUUAUUAAUUAAACCUAAGUUUAUAAUCAAUACAGUGCAAAAUAUUUUCCUAGAAUCCCCAAUAUAUGUUUUAUAUCUUCUAGUUGAAAAUGUUCUAUUUUUAAAAGAUCUUCUUGUUUUUGAUUAAAAAGAUCAAAUAAUGUAAAUAUAUUUGACUUUUUCAAGCAAUUAUAUAUCUUGGGAGGGAAUUCUAAUUGGUCAAUAAAAAUUAAUUUCAAUGAAAGUUUCUUUUUUUUUUUUUAUAAGUGUAGUCACUUUAUUAUAAAAGAUAAGGGGGGGUAGGGGAAUUGUGUGUUUUGCAUCUGCUAAAUAUAAGUUUUCUUCUUCCAUCUGGAAAAAAGGAAUAAAGAAAUCAAUCAAUAUUCGGGCGGAUUCAUG